GACACAAUGGGACAAUAUAUGAUACGUAACGGAUCUAAAGGAAGCUCUGUAAAUGCAGACAUUUUCCCACAGUAUAGCUGGUUUGAGGAAUUCAUGUCUCAGCCUUAUCUACUUUAUUUUGUAAGAG